CUAACCUUCUCUCUGAAAAGCACCAGACCAGAGACUAAACUGCAAGCUACAGAAUGAGAAAUUGAAGAAGAGGAAAGCCACUAAACUGUGCAAUAGAAAAUAGUGGCUGGCCUGAAAUAACACUAAGAACCAACGUAGCUGGGAAACACAAAAGCUGAAUACAGCAGAAGACAUCUGACAAGAAGAAAUAAUUCAGUUGUGAAUAAAAAAAAAAACUACAGCAAGAGACAGCACUCACAGCAGCUGAGCUGGAAUAAAAAAGAUUGAAAAAAUCUCAGGAUAUGAAUGAUGUAAAGCAAAGUCCAACACAUCUACAGCAAGUUGAAGACAAAUCUAUUUUGUUAUAAAGAGAGUAAGUGGCUGUGUCACUGACCCCAGAGAAAGGACAUCUAUUUCUGACAAAAAAGAUCACAGUGACCGCAUGCCAGCAAAGCAAUUUUCAUUGACAUUUGCUGCUCAGAUAUCAAUCCAAGCUUUGCUAAUUGUGCUACAAAGAGCAAGUUUAUUUACCUACAGACCAAGAGAAAGACCAUGUUCUGCAUCAUACUCAUGCUCCACUUACUAGUUUCCUUGUCUUCUGGAGAACUUAAGGAACAGGAUGCACUAUGUGGGCCCGGUGAUGCAUGCUAUACCGUAUUCCACAGUCGUCAUACUUUCUUGGACUCUUGGAGAGCAUGCCGUGACAGAGGUGGCAACCUUGCCACUAUCAAAAAUUCCCAGGAAGCUGCACUGGUUGAGCAACUUCUUACCUCCUCUGUGAGUUCACGUAGUGAUGGGUUUACAAACAAACAAAGGUUUUGGAUUGGUCUACAACGACAACCUAGGCAAUGUGCACCACAGAAACCUCUGCGUGGCUUCACUUGGACAACUGGUGACCAGGAUACAGCAUUCACUAACUGGGCCCACCAAGCUAUUUCUGUAGGAUCACCUAGCUCUUGCUCAGCAGCACGAUGUGUGGCUAUAGGUCUUGGCAACGAGAAACCAGAGGAUGAUUUUAAAUGGUUGGAAGGAUCUUGCACAUUGAAUGUUGAAGGUUUUGUGUGCAAAUACCGCUAUCAAGGGAUGUGUCCUGCACUGGCAGAGAGAGUUGUUAGUUAUUCUGCACCGUUUGGUUACGAGGGUACCUGGCUUGAUCAACUCCCUUUUGGCACAGUGGCAAUGGUAUCAUGUGAGGGACAACCACAGGAUAUGUCAGUGCUCUGUAUGCUAAAGGAAGAUGGUACUGUGGGCUGGAACAUGGAUGAGCCAUUAUGUCAGCGUCAUUUUUCCAGGCAGUGCCAAGGAUGCCAGCAGCUGUGUGAAGGAGGUGUUUGUUCUUGCCAUGAGGGAUAUUUACUCCAGCCUGAUGGACGUUCAUGUGAGCCGGUAGAUGAUAUGAGCUAUGAAGAUCAUACAUCAGAACAAGGAUGCCCAUGUCAGUAUCAAUGUGUUAGCCACAGUGGGAUGGGCAAGGGAUACCAGUGCAUAUGCCCAAAUGGAUAUCAGUUAGCUAAUGAUGGACAUAACUGUGACGAUAUUGAUGAAUGUGAAGAAGAGUAUGACCGUUGUGAUCAUGCUUGUCAAAAUACACCUGGCUCUUAUGUCUGCUCCUGCGACCUUGGCUUUGCUCUCUCAGAAGAUGAACCCGGGCAUUGUGUGGAUGUUGAUGAGUGUCGCAUUGCCCAUGUAUGCCAGCAGAUGUGUGUUAACUAUGAUGGAGGGUUCGAAUGUUUCUGUAGUGAAGGUUAUGAAUUGGAUAGUGAUCGUGUAAACUGCAAACUAACUAGUUAUAAUCCUAAUCUACCUAUGACAACUUCAGAAGAAGAAGGGGAGGAUGAAUCCUAUCCGGAUGAAGAUGACAGUAGAUUUGUGGAUAGCAUUCAGACGGAAUGGGAGCAGGCAGGUGCAACUUAUGGAGGGAGACGGGGAACAUGGGAAUCCACUGACAUUGUUAAGGCUGAAGAUAGAACCAUUGUAGGGGAUAAUAUAGACAAAGUCAAAACCACAUCGUCUGUUGAAGAAAUUUGGUUGAAUAGGGAAGAAUACAUUGAUGCAGACCCAACUAUGCAUGAGCAGGAUAGCACUACUAAUUCCUUAGUGGACUUGGAGACAGAAGGAUAUCACUUACCUUCCACCACUACCCAGCCAGUCCAAAAAACAUCAUUGGUAAUUAGGCAAGAAAAAGAAACAACCAAUUUCCAAACAACAUCCUCUAGACUUUAUUUAACAUCUUCCACCAUGGCAGCCAGUUUAUCAUCAGAAUCAAAUCCAAUAACACAAAAUGAAGCUUUUGUCACAUUGUUAGAGUCUAAAAUAACCACUGAUACAUCUUCAACAGCGGAACCUGGCACCACCAAAGCUUCAUGGGAUAUUAUUAAGGAAUCCACAGUGGCCGUAAAGGAAAACAUAGUUAAUCCGACCACAGAGGUGCUGGAAGUAGAAGAUGCUUUAUCCACACUUUCAUCAGAAAGUCCUUUGCAUAAGUACUCUGGGACAAUAUCCCCUAUUAAAACUUCUGCUUCACCUCUCCCACAAGAAUCCAGAAUUAAAAGGGAUAAUCGAUGGCUUAUAGUUGCCUUGCUGGUACCCUUGUGUGUCUUUCUAGUCAUUAUGUUAGCAAUGGGUAUUGUGUACUGUACCCGAUGUGGAGGUGAAACUAAACCUCGCAGUGUUACUGACUGUUAUCAUUGGGUUACUGGGGGAGGGCCAGAGAAAGGCCUUCCCUGAACAGUGAUAGAAACACCUUCCAGCUGGGUAUAUGUUUUAAUGAUUCGUAGGUGCAAGGAUUCUAGAAUUGUGAACUUGUACAACUGGUGUUCUUGUUGUGUGGGGCUUUAUACUGGUUAGAAUGUUCUAUGUCUAUGAUUAAGUUCAGGGCAUUGGUGCAAUUGAGGUCACACUGUGCCUAGAUCCUAUAAUUUUGUAAAUAAUUUUCAAAUGAAACCUAGGGGAUUAUUCACUAACCAUCAAACUGUAGUGAAUUGAAAACUGAAUUGCACAAUUUGGGCUGAGUUGUAAAAAUUCCCAAUCUGGCCAUAGUCACAAAUUGAUUAUUUUAACCAGAAAUGAAUGUGCAAUUCAGAUGUAAAUUAUUUACAAUUCACUGAUUAGUAAAUACACCCUCUGGUUUUCUCAGCCUGUUCCAUUUCACUUGUCUUCCAAUCUUUUUUUUUUUGGCAGUAUUCUACAUCUUGCUCUGUACUUCUGUACUUUCAAGUUUUUAAAUUUUUGCCUUCUACUGUGAAUAUUCAACCACUCUCUGUAUGUAUGUCUAUCUGACUUUUUUUGGUUACUUAUGUUUAUGAGCUAGUAUUUCCUCGGAUGUAGGUUGAGCACUAUAUUAAAUGUUGUUUACAAAACAUCCAGCGGUCGAAGGUUAACCAUUAUUAGCUGAUCUCUGCCUAAUGCAGAUGUCUCUGUCCAUCCACUUCCUAUGCCCUUCGCACCAAUGAAAUGCAAUACUUAACCCGGUUCCUCUCAUGCAGUGCUAUUUGACAUUUUAACCUACUCACUGCCAGAGACAGCUGGAAAGGUACAAGCAUGCAUUGGAGGGCAAUGCAGAUUGCUGAAGCUCUAAACUGAGAGCAAAUAAGUUAAAGUCUUUGAAUAAUAGACCAACCAAUUAGCCCUUCUAGUCUGCUGCUGUGAAUCACAAUGCUUAACUUUUUAGUUUGUUUUUAAUUAUAUGUUAUGUACAUCUCAAGAAUUCCCCGAUUUGCUUCAUUGUAAGUUGCCUGCUCCUUUCAGCUGACCAGGCUAAGCAGGGAUUGGACAACAUGGCUUUAGUCAGAAAUCAGAGAAUUCUGGGAAGAUGUAUUUAACACAUAGGACCACUAGGCUACCCUGACAUGCCACAGCUGACACUACACCUCUGUGUAGAUUGGGUUUGUACAGUUACAGGCUGGUUGCAGUUACAGGCUGUUUGUAGAAUGACAAGAGGUUGAGAAUUACUAACUAAGUCUUUUAUUUUUACUAGCAUGAUUUAAUAACCUGACAUAAAAUAAUGAUGCUACGUACUGUGUAGAGUAACCUAAACCACCUUAAUCGUAUGAAUCACUUUCAAAAGAUCUGUCAGAAAUGUCACUUCUUUAAGCUGACUCUGUUCUUUAUGUUUGAUAAGAAAGUUAUGGAGGAUAAGAAAAUACAUCACUUCAUAAAUACUCCAAGCACCAUAACCACUACAGUCCGCUGUAUGAGUAGCCUGUCAUCCUUCCACAGUAAGUAGUCGAUCCAUUUAAGAAUGAAUUGACACCUAGCCUCAGGUGUGCAGUGAACCAUUUGCCACCUCCUCUGCUGCUAAAAGCUCUGCCACUGAGCUAAGUCUGGCAGUGCAAAGUCACAUCCAAUGGCUGAGAGUUCUCCGUCAAUGACAUGGACUUACACUGCAGGGCUUAGCUCAUAGAGGCUAAAGGUGGCUACUCGCAUGGGUUUCCUACUCCAGGGGAAGCAGCGAUGGCUGCCCAGUGAGAUCCAGGUAAGAUGUCAAACAUUCUUAAAUAGUAUGACCAUUUAUUGUUGGAUAGUUUCAGCUCUCUCCUGGCACCAUAACCAUUACAGCGGGCUUGGAGUGUUCCUUUAAAAAGGUUAUCAUCAUUAUAACUACAAUAUAAUGAAGCUGCAUGAAAAAGACUUUAGCAGCAUUAUAGUGUCAUUGUAAUGGUAGGCAUCAAUGCAAAUCUAGUACCCUGCUUACCUAAUGCUUUAAUAAUACAGUUUAUCCUGUAAUGUAGACUUAUCAGUAGUUAGUGUUACGGGGUUUGUUACAAGGCACCUGCUUUCAGAUAAUGUGGAAUGUAGCGUGUAUUACUGUCAGCUAGGUGUCACCCUCUAACCUAGGUCCCUUAACUAGUUACAAUGCCUCUUAACCCUAGCCUACCCCCUCACCUGCGCACCUUAGUUUUCUAAGCAUUGCCUUAACUAUGGUGUAAUGAUCCAUAAAGAAUUACUACGUCACUAUAAGGGAUAUUCUAUGGGAUGUUACCCAUAUUUUUUUUUUUAUAUAACUUUCCAUACAACACUGACUAACAGAAAAAAAGUGCUGCCAUUCUGACAUUAGUGGGGAGGUGCUGCCAGGGCACUGAGAUCAGAUGCUGUUGCAUAUAUUUGCAUUGACCUUUACUUUCAGCCCCAGAAUGGCACACAUUCUGCAAAAGGUGCUCAAGGAAUAAACAUUAUAGGGGCAAAUAGGGUUAUGUUGACACAUACAGUGAUGCAUCCUGGAAAAAAAACAUGCUAUUAAUAUAAAGGCUAUAUUACUAAAGUUCGAAUUCAAAGUUAAUUUAAAAUUUAAGAUCAAAUAGCAAAACUGGAAAAAAUAUCUCGAAUACAGCACUGCUUUCAAUUCAGCCACUAAACUUGAAAUUCACCUUGAAUUUUCACUUUAGUAAAUAACCCUGAUAUACAUGUCUUUUUGGACACAUAACAUACAUAACAUAACAUGUGCUGGUGGAGAGCACAGAAAUCUUAUGGUGCAUAAACUAAAUCACUAUAAUCAAGGAGUGAUCCAAAAGGAAUUACAUUUACUAGUUAUUUCCUUUAUACAGCACAUGAAUACUAUAUAUUUCAGGGCAGUAAUUUGUAUGAACUGCCUUGCAUGAAGAAUAGAGGUGUCCAGAACUAAUUUUCUCUGAAAAGAAGCCAUGCACCUAUAAUGUGAUGUUUAGAGCAAGUCGUUCAAUGACACAAAGCUUUAGAUGAGGCACAUCGUGGUGUUCUAAGGUAUAAAUGAAAGUGAUUGGUUAUGUUCAUUUCAGUUAAUGGAAUUUAAAUUGAUCUUGAAAUUCCUUUAUUCAACUUAAAGGGACACUAUAGUUUAAUGAAUCAGUUUUGCUGUAAAUAUCAUGCCCCUCCAGUCUCACUGCUCACUUCUCUAACAUUUAGAAGUUAAAUCACUUUUGUUUCUGUUUAUGCAGCUCUAUCCAUUCCUCCACUGGCUGUAUGAAAAACAUGAAAAUGUUAACUUUAUUUAGAAGUAUUUAACUCCGGCUCUGUAAAUUAAAAUUUAAUCCCACACAGGAGGCUCCUGUAGGGUUAGAAGGCUAUUAACAGAGCAGGAGAUAAGAAAAUGUAAAUUCAACAGACUGCUAUACAGGAAGUUUAAACAUUAGAUCUUGCUUUACAGGAAGUGUUUGGGGGAGGCUGUGCAAAUCACAUGCAGGUGUUACUAGGGUUGUAUAACAAUGUGAUUUACCUCUUAAAUGGCAGAGAAUUGAUCAAUGAUACUGCAGGGACAUGAUCUAUAUACCACAACUGAUUCAUUAAGCUAAAGUAGUUUUGCUUCUUAUAGUGUCUCUUUAAAGCAGAACAUCAGUAGUAUACACAUCACACAGUCAGGGUUAUUCAAUUAGAGUGAUAAUUCUCAAUAGUUUAAAAUUAAUUCAAAGUGAUUUUUAAAUUUAAGCCCUUAGUAGCUGAAGUGGAUGCAUAGGUCACUUGGUCAAUUUUACAAUUGGGCUAUUUUGUCUUUGUAUAUGUAUCAAUGUGUAUGUACUGUGCAGUGUAUUUCUGUUAUAUACAUGAAGGAACCAGUAUCUUAAAAUGUCUGUAUGUAUAUAUGUUUAAAGGCCAAAGGCCUGUAUUUGUGGGAGAAGUUUAGCGUUCCUAUAAAAACUCACACCCCCUACUUACCUUUGCCGUGCCGUCCAGUUUAUCCCAUCCACUUCACCCUUCUCCUUUAAACUCAUUCUACCUGGCGGGCCCUCUUUUAUUACUGGCCUAUCCUUACGUCGGUAUCGGCCCACCACUACCGACUUGUUCCAUUAAUAAUGUUAUUGCACAGCUUAUAUGUUACCGACCACAAAUAUAUAUACUUGUGGCUAGGGACAAAAUCCAUGAUAUCGGCAAAGUUGGUUGUGGUGUGUCAACACCGAUCUGCUGUUAGGCCUGUAAAUAAAGGGGUUUCACCUGGGUAGUGAUAUAAUAAAAAGGGAGUGGUGGGUGGGAUGAAAAACGAAUGGCAUCGGCCCAGGUGAGGGGUUGCCUGAGUUUAAAUUUGAUGGGUAUCCCCUCCCUCACAACUACAGGCCUUAUUAUAUAUAUAUAUAUAUAUAUGUAUAUAUUUUAUGUUUUUGCUAAAUGUAAAAAAAUAUUAGUAUUAUACACUGACUAGUGUCUGUUUGUUAUUGAAAUGUAUACAUGCACAGUAUAUAUUUAGAACAUAUGCAAAGCAGUGCACAUGCAUGUAAUAUGCAGGGCAGUGGGAGUAGCUGUGAAUUCCACGUAACACAUUGUGUAUAUCUGAUAUUCCUCACAGACCAGUUUAUAUGUCAGUGAUAUUUCAUUUUGGGUUGCUACAUAAAUCUGGGUCCUCAUUGGUUGGAAUUGGCCCAUCUGACCACCAUCCCCCAGGGAAUUCUCCACAAUAAAUGGUUUAUUUUCUUCCCCGUGCAGAUUUGCAUGACACAAAGAAGAGACUAAUAAACAUGUUUGGCAAACUUUAUUUUAGUUCAAGUUAUAUAACAAUUGAAGAAUGAGUCACUGAGCUAAUUUUGUAAUUGUUAAUGCUGUUGCCAAUCCAAUGGAAUGCUCAUAUGUUAAGCCUCUUUUAUAAUAAUGUUAAAAGCUAUGGGUAUGUGCAUUUUCCACUCAGGGCUAUACUGUCCACAUCAGUAUUUAAUGUAGAACACUUUGUGUGAGCAAUAUGUGUACAAUGCUGCACAUUAUUUCAAGGAAAUCACAUUACAUGGGGAACAUGUGCUUUAAUGAAGAGAAGACUGGGUUAUAAACAGAGCAAUCUUAUAUGUGGUGUAGAGAUAUUUUAUGUUAUGGUUAUGUCAAUGGAACACUCAAAGAUGCAUAACCGCUACAUGUUGAUGUAGUGGUUAUGGUGCCAGGAGUGCCCUGGUUGUAUCCCACGGUUAUAAGACAAACUAUUUUAGAACAGUUUGGCAACUUACCCAAGUCCCAGGGGAAGCCACACAUUAUCCGGGCACCUCCUGUGGGAGAAACCGAAUGAUUUUAUACAGCUAAGCACAGCCAAUCCAGAACCACAGUCUUUGGCUAUCAGUGCCAAGCUGACAUUCUCAGUCAAUGAGCAUGGUCCUCCAUGACCCUGCUUACCUAUGUAGAGUUAAUCUUAUUAUCAUAAAGAAGGAGGCCAAAUGCAGGGCAAAUGGCAACGGGCACUUGGUAAGUUUUCAAACCAUUCUAAAAUAAUCUGACUAUAUACUGUGGGAUAUCCCUAGGGUACUCCUGUAACCAUAACAACUACAGCAGACUGUUGUGGUUAUGGUGCUUGGAGCUUUUCUAUAAGCCUUCUACAAAGAGGCAAGUUACACAAAAAGUGGUUUACUGUACACACCCUCUGAAUUAUACACAAUAUAGGGGAGUGUUAGGCAAAAUUAUACCUAUUUACAUAACAGAGAGAACAACUAAAAAUCCGCAGCACUUAAUGCAGAGGUAUACCCUACAGACGAGUGUUAUACCAAGAGCAAUGUAAUAUACAGAUUGUAACUCAAUAUUCAGCAGUGAGCUCAUUUAUACACAGGAUUGUUAUACACAGAGAAGAGCAUAAUAGAAUGCAAGUGAAUGUAGAUCAGUGUAUAAUAGAAAGUGUGGUUCAAUACUCAGCAGCAAUUAUGUACAGUACAGGAGUGUUAUAUUAAACACAAAGCAGUAAGUCACUACCAGCAGGCCCCCUCAUCAAAUCUUGUUUCUGUAUGCCUGACUUGUCCUAUCUCAAUUACUAAUUAUUAUAAUUACCCACUGUAUACUAGUUCAGCAGAAUACUAUGCUUAAUAAUUAGAAAUAACAAGAGUGAAUUACAGAGAGCAGAGUUAAAUACAGAGCUCUGCAUACAAUUAUGCCCAGUUCACAGGAAUAAAAUACACAGAGCAAUACGUCAACUCCAUACAGAACUAGGAACCUCACAGAGCACAGUGAUGCUGAUACUGAACUGGGAUUUAUAUAUCCAAAGCAAUGUUACACGGUGCAGGACGUAAACAUAAAGCAGAACACAGCCCUCACCCUCAGCAGAUCAGGGAUUUCUAUUUAUUUAUACUGUAAAUGAUACAUUUGUAAUGUUUUCUUUCCACUUUGUGUUCAAUGGCUGAUAAAUAAAAUGAUUUUAAACGAACAAA